ACCUACUCCACUAGCGGCAGAAGCUGACGAAAUGGCGUACGAGUUUUUGAUAAUCGCUCUCGGAGCCUUCCUGCUACAAGGAGAAGUUCUGUGUGAUGGCUACCCGAAGGAGACUCCAGGAGAUAAAGUAGCCUUGAAAGAAGGUUCCUCAUCAGGAUCAGCCAAAUCUGGCGGAGAAACUUCUAAAACCCUUGUGGCUACUUCUACCCCUGCACUCGCAUCGUACAACUCAGUGCUGACCUCUGCACUGAACCCUGCCGUGUUGUCUGGUCUGUACCCAGGGCUGUAUGCGGCAGGCUACCCACCUAUCUCUACAGACUACGUCAGCCGGUACUACGGCCCCACCUACAUACCCACUGUACUACCAGACGGCCACAUCGCCGACACUGCAGCAGUAGCAGCCGCCCGCGCCGCCCAUCUAGGAGUACUGGAGAGGGCGAAGGCCUUGUGGUACGGUCUGAAGGACGAUGGUACUUACAACCCGUACAAGUACGGAGACUACGCUUACAACUAUAACAAUAAUUAUCUCAACGGUGGAUUGUAUGGUCCCCCUAACAGACCUUACUACGGGCCACUGGCUAGCCCUACACUACUGCCCUCUGGCUACCUAGCAGACACCCCAGCGACGGCGGCGGCACGAGCGGCGCAUCUACAGGCACUGGCUAGGGCGAGGGCAGAUGCUGCGCUGUGGAAAGCCAAAGCGUAUGGGGGGUGAAACUGCACUUAUGACUUUGUAUUAAUUAUUUGUCAUAUUUGCUCAUGGGUCAAUGGUGUUAUACAGUAUAAUCCACAAGCGUCUUAUAUCACACCAUAAAAAUUUCAAUAAA